CAGUUCUCUCCUUUGUGCAGCAGAGUCUGAUCACCUUACGAACAUCUAAAAUGGCUUUCGCUCUCGCCACCUCUCGCAAGGCUCUGCAGGUCGCAUGCAAGGCGACCGGCAAGAAGGCCGCUGCUAAGCCGGCUGCCCCCAAGAGCUCUGGUAUCGAGUGGUAUGGCCCGAACCGCGCUAAGUGGCUCGGCCCCUACAGCGAGAAUGCCACCCCUGCCUACCUGACUGGCGAGUUCCCCGGUGACUACGGCUGGGACACUGCCGGCCUGUCCGCUGACCCGGAGACGUUCAAGCGCUACCGCGAGCUGGAGCUGAUCCAUGCGCGCUGGGCCAUGCUUGGCGCUCUGGGCUGCCUGACCCCCGAGCUGCUGUCCAAGAACGGCGUGCAGUUCGGUGAGGCUGUGUGGUUCAAGGCCGGCGCUCAGAUCUUCCAGGAAGGCGGCCUGGACUACCUGGGCAACCCGUCGCUGGUGCACGCUCAGAACAUCGUCGCGACGCUGGCGUGCCAGGUGAUCCUGAUGGGCCUGGUGGAGGGCUACCGUGUGAACGGCGGCCCGGCCGGCGAGGGCCUGGACCCGCUGUACCCCGGCGAGUCGUUCGACCCCCUGGGCCUGGCUGACGACCCGGACACCUUCGCCGAGCUCAAGGUCAAGGAGAUCAAGAACGGCCGCCUGGCCAUGUUCUCCAUGUUCGGCUUCUUCGUGCAGGCCAUUGUGACCGGCAAGGGGCCCAUUGAGAACCUGAACGACCAUCUGGCCAACCCGGCCGUCAACAACGCCUUCGCCUUCGCCACCAAGUUCACGCCCAGCGCGUAAUGUAUCGCUGCUACGUUUGCUAGUCGAAGCGGUUGUCCGCAUCUGCCGGCCGCUGCUGCCUUCAGCUACGUUACGUUGUUUAGCUAUGUGAACGUAGACACAACAUAACCAAUAAACUGCCAAUACCGGUAUACGAGACGUCACAUGCAUAGCAAUUGCAGGCAGUAGUUGCCUAUCCGUCGCUGU